AUGCAGGAAAAUGGCGGCCUCAAACAACCCGCGGAAAUUCAGCGAGAAGAUCGCGCUCCACACCCAGAAACAGGCGGAGGAGACGGCGGCUUUCGAGGAGGUGAUGAAGGACCUCAGCAUCACCCGGGCGGCCAGGUUACAGUUGCAGAAAUCUCAGUAUUUACAGUUGGGACAGGGCCGGGGUCAGUACUAUGGAGGCUCUCUUCCCAAUGUCAACCAAAUUGGGAGCACCACUCUGGACCUCUCUUUUCAGGCUCCGUUCCAAUCAUCUGCCUUGGACACGAGUAGAUCAACCAGGCAUCAUGGCUUAGUUGACCGGGUCUACAGGGACAGAAACCGACUGGGAUCACCACACCGCCGUGCCAUUCCUGUUGACAAACACGGGCGCCAAGCAGACAGCUGUCCAUAUGGUUCGGUCUAUCUGUCGCCCCCAGCUGACACCAGCUGGAGAAGGACCAAUUCAGACUCUGCUCUGCACCAGAGUACGAUGAAUCCCACCGCACAGGACCCAUUUAAUGGGGGUUCCCAAGAAACACAAGAGCAGCACAAGCGAGUGUUACUGUUAACGGUUCCUGGGAUGGAGGAGAAUACGUCUGAACCUGAUAAAUCUCUAUCAAAAUCGCUGUGGGACAACAAAAAGUCUGCACCAUCACGGCCUAAAUCAUGUGAAGUCCCAGGAAUCAAUAUUUUCCCAUCUGCAGACCAGGAAAGUACCACAUCACUGAUGCCUGUUGCCCAUAAUACUGGAGGAUCCCUGCCAGAUCUUACAAACAUCCACUUCCCACCGCCCCUCCCCACCCCACUAGAUCCAGAGGAGUCAACAUUCCCGACCCUGAGCAGCGCAAACAGCACUGGAAACCUGGCAGCAAAUAUGAACCACCUGGGCCUCAAUACCAACAGCCAGGGCCUGACAUCAUCACAGGGGUCACUGACAGGAUCUCUCCAGAGCAGACAACCAAACGUGACACCCCUCACCUUACCUGUCAGCACGGAUUCGCGAAGACAACAACAACUUCAGCUAUCACCAGCUCUCUCCCCACUCUCUCCAAUCACGCAGGCUGUUGCUAUGGAUGCAUUGGCAUUGGAGCAGCAUCUUCCUGCAUAUCCAUUUUUCACGCAGCAGACAACGCAGCCACAAUCUCAGAGCUCCAGCAACCUGUCUCAGAGCUCCCAGUCACAGCAAAGCAGUGGCCAGCAACAGGCAGCCACAAUGCCACAAUCCCCUCCAAUGAACCAAACACAGGCACCGAUCGGAAUGGAUAUCAGCACGGCUUCCCUCCAGCAGUACCGCAGUAAUGCUGGAUCUCCAGCCAACCAGUCUCCCACCUCCCCUGGCUCCAAUCAAGGCUUCUCUCCAGGCAGCUCCCCUCAAACAUCCAUCCUUGGGAGUGUUUUUGGAGAUUAUUACGAUCAGCAGCUGACAAACAGACAGGCCAACUCCCUGUCUCACCAGCUUGAACAGUUCAAUAUGAUUGAGAGCCCGAACAGCACCAACAGCCUGUACAACCAAAUCUCAACCUUGAACUACUCGCAGGCAGCAAUGAUGGGGCUGACAGGGAGCCACGGGAGUCUACAGGACUCACAGCUCAGUUACAGCAAUCACGGAAAUAUCCCCAACAUCAUUCUGACUGUGACAGGAGAGUCUCCCCCGAGCCUGUCGAAGGAGCUGACCAAUUCACUCGCAGGUGUUGCAGAUGUGACCUUUGACACCGACUCCCAGUUUCCUCUCGAUGAACUGAAAAUUGACCCCUUAACACUGGAUGGUCUGCACAUGUUGAAUGACCCGGACAUGGUGCUGACAGACCCUGCUACAGAGGAUACUUUCCGCAUGGAUCGUCUGUAGAAAGGAGCACUCAGACCUAAGACAAAUUGGGGAAGCAGGCCAAAAACCCGCCAGGGAGCGGAAAUUGAGCAACCGAGUGCAAUUGAUGGAAUGAUGUUAACGUGAGAGCGUAACGUGCAAUGAAUUCCGCUUCUUGUUCUGAGCUUGCAACUCUGCGAUCCUGAAUGAACCAAGUAUAGCGCUUUCAGCUAUGUGGCGCACUCCUCCAUUGCAGCGUUUCAUUGACUCCAUCAGAUCCCCAGGCCUCUUGUUUUUAUUUUUUGUUCUCCUAUUUAUAUUGCCCUCAUAAUUACAGUGGGUUGUCAGUGGAUUGUUAUCAUUGGCAGGUUUACAAGUAAUUUGAAAUGUACCUGUGAGGUAACAACUGGCAGUAACACUCGGCAGCUCCAGGCCAACAGUAUGGUGACGUUAUCAUUUAGCCUGAAGUCACCCGUCCAACACACUCUUCAGUGCGCUGUUGCCAUUGUACUUUCUGUGCUGUUCGAUUCUUAUUUAUAUUUUUAUAUUUGUCUGUGAUUUCUUUCUCCUGCCCCAUUCCCUUUCACUGUGCUUAUGUUCAGCAAAAGCCACUGCCUUGUUGUAUGUUGCUGAGAAAGUGAACAAGAGACUGAUCUGAGAUUGAUCUGACACAAGAGCUAAGUGCAUGGACAGAAAUUGUAUUACAGCCAAUAUUUAACAGGGGCGAGUUCUUGCUCCCGUUUGUGUCCCUUUCAUUUACUUUUUUCCAGCAGCUUUUAAAAAAGAAUCUUGACAAUGUGUGCCGGUCAAAGAUUAGUGUUUGCUGCCAAUUCCAGCUGUACCAAUUCUCAUUCAGUCCCUGUAUUAAUGUCUAACUUCAGGUGGCUCUAUAAUCACCCUCUCCCCAUUAGACACACAUCCUUCCCUCCGGUUCUUGUGAAGUAUGUGAGCUGUAAGCGUGGCAUUCAAUCAUUCUUAGCCCCCACAGCCAGUCGUUGCUGUGACCAGCAACACUUACAACAUUUUGCAGCUCAUCACUGGCCAUUGAAACAAAAGAAAAGGCAGAAAUAUUAAUUUGGUGUUCCUCAAGGGGGAAAGGCUCGAUGCCAACUGCUGGAAGGAUGUUCGAUAAUGGUGUUGCCCACAUCAAGGGUGGACCCAAGUGGCUUUACAGAGCCUUUGCUGCACUUUUCAGUCCUGUGUGUGGACAAGGAGGGCUGUCACAAACACUACAUGCUGUGGGACCAGCUCCCAACACAUCCACUACAAGAUAAAACCGUUUGUGUCAAAUGUUACCUGCACAAGUGAAUUAUUUGUCACAACAGAAUCACAAAUAUUAGUUCAAGACGCUAAGCUGGCAUUGGUCUGUCUGGCUGCUGGUCUGUCUAGCCAUAUGCCACUUUUGGCAUAUCUGAGUCCUACUAAUGUCUCUUAGAACACUAAAUUGCCACUAUCUCCUACCACUAAUAUACAAACUUUAAAGUCCUGAGAAUCUUUCAUCGGUUGCUGGGCAGUUUUAUGCUGUAGCAAGUUUCUGUCAGUACUAGACAAUUGUGCAAGGCAAGGAACACAACGUUAGCAUGCAGGUACAACAAGCAAUUAGGAAGGCAAAUGGCAUGUUGGCCUUUAUUGUAAGGGGAUUGCAGUACAAGGAUAAAUAAGUCUUGCUACACUUGUAGCUUUAAUGAGACCACACCUAGAGUACGGUACACACUUUUGAUCUCCAUAUCUAAGGAAUGAUAUACUUGCAUUGAAAGCAGUACAAUGAAGGUUCACCACAUUGGUCCCUGGGAUAAGGGUUGUACUAUGAUAGAGGCUGAGUAAAUUUGAUCUAUAUUCUCUGGAGUUUCGAAGAAUGAGAGGUGAUCUUAUUGAAAUAUACAAGCUUCUGAAGGGGCUUAACAGGGUAGACACUGAGAGGUUGUUUUCCCCUGGCUGUGGAAUCGAAAACAUGGGGGCAAGUCUCAGGAUAAGGAACCGAUCAUUUAGGACUGAGAUGAGAAAUUUCUUCACUCAGGCUGUGACUCUUUGGAAUUUUCGACCCCGGAAGGUUGUGGAUGCGCCAUCAUUAAGUAUAUUCAAGGUUGAAGUGGGUGUAUUUUUGAUCUCGGAAUCAAGGGAUAUGGGGAGUGGGUGGGAAAGUGCAGUUGAGGCAGAAGAUCAGCCAUGAUCAUAUUGAAUGGUGGAGCAGGCUCGAUGGGCCAUGUGGUCAUCUACUGCUCCUAUUUAUAUUCCCUUUCUCUGUCCAGCCCUGAUGAAGCAAGUGCAUACGCAUCACAUACUCUCCAACAUACCUGUGUUGAUCCUGUAUUACACACAUUAACAUGUGUUAAUAGUUCAUAAUGCUCUAACACGUGUUAAUCCUUCAUGCACCAAUACUUUAAUCUAUCAUCACGCUCUAACGUGUGUUAAUCCUCCAUCACGUACUCUAAUAUGUCUGUUAAACCUCUGUCUCAUACUCUGACACUCAUACUCUGCUAAUUCUCCACACAUUAACAUGUGUUAAUCCUUUAUCAUGCCCUAACACAUGUUAAACCCCUGUCACUAACGUGUUCAUACUCCAUCACACACACUGAUGUGUGUUAAUCUUCUGUGUCUCAUCACUCUGGUUACACUACAGCACUCUUGAAUACACAUUGACAUAAAUGAUAGGCAUUUUUCUUCAAUAGUUUUUAUUUUUAAAUGUCUCCCAGGAUCUAUUCUGGGGUCUCAACUUUCCACCACAUUUAUCAAUAACUUAUUUGAAAGGAUAGAGAAUCUGAUGGAACAAUAAAGAGUUUAGAUGGAAGCAGAAAGUUGCAAAGGGACAUUGUUAGACUAAGUGAGUGGGAAAAGUUGUAAUAAGUGGAGUUCGAUGUGGGAAAGUGUAAGGGCAUCCACUUUCAUUUGAUAGAUCAGAGUAUUUUCAAAAUGGUGAGAAGCUAAGAACUGUGGAGGAGCAGAAAGCUUUAGAGGUUCACUAAGCACUAGUGAACAGAUACAAAAAGCAACGAUAAGGACUGAUGGGAUAUUUACCGCAAUCUCAAGGGGCUGGGUUAUAGAGGAUGGCAAUUAUGUUACAGUUAUACAGAACUGCAUUGGCCCAUGCAGAGUAGCUGCAUUCAGUCCUGGCUACUGCGCUUCACAGUGGAUAUAUUGGCCUUGGAAGAUGUGAUGUGUAGAUUCACCAGAAUGAUACUGUGGCUAAACGGGUUAAAUUAUGAGGACAGGUUACACAAACCUAGUUUGUAUUUCUGUGAUUUUAGUAGAUUAAGCUGUGAUCUGAUUGGGGUGCUUAAAACUCCUUUAAAGAAGUUGAUGGGUCGAUGGAGAGAAACUGUUUCUUCUGAUUGGGGUGGGGGUGUGGGCUGGUGAAGUCCAGAACAAGGGAGAAGAACCUCCAAGUUAGAGUCAUGCCAUUCAGAGGUGAUAACAGAAAGCGCUUCUUCACACAAACGGUCGUUGAAUUCUGGAAUUCUAUCCCCGAUAAAGGCUGAGAGUCAGUUGGAACUUUCAGGGCUGAGGUGGAUAGCUUUAUUGGGGCCAGAUUAUCAACAGAUCAGGAGCAAAUGGAUAAGUAGCUGAGGUUCAGAUCAACCACCAUCUAAUUAUGUUUUUUAUUCGUUCUUGGGAUGUGAAUGGCAGAACAGGUUUGAGGGGCUGAAUGGCCUCCUGUUAGUAACACUAUUUAUCUGCCUGGAUCAGUGUUUGAUGAAUAAUCUGGUCAGAACCACAAGAAUAGAAGUUGGUUUUCUGAGUGCCAGGGCCCAGUGACCUUUUGUGUAAAUUGUAUAGAAACCUUGGGGUGUUGAAUGUUCCUACCCUGGUGCAAUAUGUAGAAACAAAUACUGUGCCCAACAGUGUGCAACUUUAUUCCAAUCAGGGCAGUCUCCCCACCUUGGGUAUCAGUGUCCAGCACUUUACUGGCACCUGCCCACACAAUACUCCAACAAUAGGAGGUGCAACAUGUGCUGCUGUGUGUCUGCACACCACCCAGUGUUGGAGUCAUACUUGGGUGGCUGAGUGAAGUCUAUAAAUCACAGCCAGUGUUACUCUGAGCUCUAAUGUACAGAAUGAUUUUUAAAAAUUCGUUAUGUUCUUGAUACUUGGCUCAUUUGAUAUCAAUCAGUUACUGCCAGUUUAUUUUAUGUCAAUUCCCCAUAGAAAAGGCAAAUAGAGAGCUUGUUACAGCUCAGCUGUCAAUUCUGAACCUAAUGUUUGAAGCUCUGGUGUGAUGUGUUAUGACCUGACCAGAAUUGCUGCAGAUCUCAAAAGCCUUGUGCUGCUUGACCAGGCCAUUGCUGUACCUCACACUGUGCAUUACAGCAGUGCUGCAAUGUGCUGUGCCUGACACUGCUGCAUUACUGCACCAAUACAGCAGUAUUGCAACGUGAUGGGUCUUGUGCUGUAACUCUACAGUGUUGCAUAGUCUGUGCGCCUCACGUGCUGCACUACUGUAGUUUUGCACUCUUUCCAUCUUAACAUUAUCCCUGCAAUUUGGAAAGAAAUUUCAAGUGCUCCAUAACAUCUUUCUUUGUUACACACAAAAAAUAAAUUAAAAAGUUUGUGAUGGGG